CAGGACGAGGCUGAGACGCGCGAGCCGCUUCAAACAGUCACUCACAGCCCGAGACUCCAGCACGCGACGCUCCGCCAGCCACUGCGCAUCCCCCCUCUCUCUCUUUCUCCGUUUCACAUCGCUUCAGUCGUAAGGGAGGGAGAGAGGCGUCUGAGGAGGAAUUGUAGGUGAGGUUUGGACCACAGCCGGCGAGGUGGAGGAGAUCGCGCGCCUCGUACACGUUUGAAGGAUGCGCUGCCGCGCGCAACGGCGCGUCCUGUAGAGAUACGGCGAGCUAAGCGGGAUUGAAGCGUCAGGGUUUUCUUUCUCUAUCCAUGUUUGGCUUUUGUGCAAGAAGACCUGUCACUAUCUGACACUCCGUGAGAAACACAGCAUCACUUUCGGAGACGGAAGAAGAGGAAGGCAGGAGUGGGCUGUUUCUCUUCUCGCAAACAUCCAGAGCACUGCUUUAAUGAAGAAACAGACCUACUAACAAUCUCACAGAAGGGACCCUCCAGAACAAGUAUGGGGUCACCAUGGAAACCACUUCUCCUGCUGUCAGUUAUCAGCGGCCUAGCAGAUUUUGCUAGAGCCGUUGCCGGGAGACCUGUGUCAUACGCUGCAGUUCUGCGGAUGAAGGCAGACAGUUCCUCGUCCUCCUUGCUCAACUCCAGGAUGAGGUUAAGGAACAACCAUGGAGCGGGAUCGUCUAGCCAGGACUGGCCUCCGUUCUCAAGACACAGAUACUCUGCCCUCAGCUCACAGGAGGACUACAGGAGCGAAGAGAGUGAGGAGUUCGGUCCAGUGUUCAUUCAAGAGCCAGAUGAUGCAAUCUUCUCCCUGGAUUCAGAUGAUAAGAAAGUGAUAAUGAAUUGUGAAGCCAGAGGAAACCCUGUUCCGACCUACAGUUGGCUAAUCAAUGGAACCGCUGUGGAUGCAGAAGCAGAUUUCCGCUACAGUUUGAUUGAUGGGAACUUAAUAAUACACAAUGCAAGCGAGGCCAUUGAUUACGGGAGAUACCAGUGUAGAGCUGAAAACAGCAUCGGCACUGUCCUGAGUCGAGACGCCUUCCUACAGUUUGCCUAUCUCGGGGCGUUCAGCGGACGGGCGAGAGGAGCUGUUUCGGUGAGGGAAGGCCAGGGCGUUGUGUUGAUGUGUGCCCCCCCUGCUCAUUCACCAGAGAUCAUCUACAGCUGGGUGUUCAAUGAGCUUCCCUCGUUCGUGGCAGAGGACAGCCGGCGAUUCAUCUCGCAGGAAACGGGAAAUCUGUAUAUCUCCAAGGUGCAGCCCUCGGACGUGGGCAGCUACGUGUGCCAAGUGAAGAACACUGUGACCAACGCCAGGGUCCUGAGCCCACCGACGCCUCUGACUCUCAAAACAGAUGGAGUGAUGGGGGAGUACGAGCCCAAAAUUGAAGCGCAUUUUCCCCAGACGGUGCUGGCAGCCAAAGGCGUCACAGUGAGGCUGGAGUGCUUUGCCCUUGGGAAUCCCGUCCCCACUAUCACCUGGAGGAAGAUGAGUGGAAACAUCCCCAAAAAAGCCCGUCUGCGCAAAUCACAGGCUGUUCUCGAGAUCCCCAACAUCCAGCUAGAGGAUUCUGGGAGUUACGAAUGUAAAGCUGAGAACACCAGAGGAGGCACUGCAUUCAGAGGACACCUCCAGGUCUACACUCUGCCGCAGUGGAUCAGCAUGAUAAAUGACACUCAACUGGACAGCGGAGAGCAGCUCCACUGGGAAUGUCGAGCCACAGGAAAGCCCAGGCCCACGUAUCGCUGGCUGCGCAACGGAGAACCUCUCAACUCGCAGAGCAGAGUGGAAAUGGUGAAUGGGGAGCUUAUCAUUCACAGACUACAGCAGGCCGAUUCGGGAAUGUACCAGUGCAUCGCAGAAAACAAGUAUGGAGCCAUCUACUCCAGCGCAGAGCUCAAAAUACUAGCAUCAGCUCCCAUGUUCAACACCAACCCUGUCCGGCUCAUCGCGACCGUCGGAAAAGACGUGUCUCUGGAGUGCCGUCCACGUGCGUCGCCCAAACCCAAAGUCUCAUGGAGAAAAAAUGAUAGGAGAGUCCAACCCAGCCGAAGGAUCGCGUUGCUUCGGAAUAACACCCUCCGCAUCAUUAACUCCAGCCGCUCGGAUGAGGGAAGCUACGUGUGCCGUGCAGAAAACCAGUUUGGUUCAGCGGAGUUGACGACCGUACUUCUGGUGAAAGAGCCCAUGCGGGUGGAGCUGAGCCCCGUCCGGGUGGAGGUGACAGUGGGAGAGAGUGUGGUGCUCAGCUGUAAAGUCACUCAUGACCCCUCGCUGGACGUGUCCUUCCUCUGGCUGCUCAACAACCAGCCGCUCAACACCCAGCAGGAGGGCGGUCACUUCGAGUACAUCCAAACACAGUCCUCCACAGCAGACCUGAUGAUCAGGAGCAUCCUCCUGAAGCAUGCUGGGAAAUACGGGUGUCGUGCUCAGACGAGCGCAGACAGUGUUCUUGCAGAAGCCGAGCUGCUGGUUAGAGGCCCUCCUGGACCUCCUGGAGUGGUGAUUGUAGAGGAGAUCACGGAUACCACGGCGACGUUGUCAUGGAGCCACGGCGUUGACAAUCACAGUCCAAUCACCACCUACAAUGUACAAGCACGAAGCCCUGUCUCUCUGGGCUGGCAAACAGUGAAGACAGAUCCAGAGCCGGUGACAGGAAACAUGGAGUCCGCCAUGGCAGUGGAGCUCAACCCCUGGGUGGAGUAUGAGUUUCGGGUGGUGGCCACGAACGGCAUUGGCACAGGUGACCCGAGCGCCCCCUCCAGAGCGGUCCGCACUAAGGAAGCAGUUCCGUCAGUAGCCCCUGCCAACGUAAGAGGGGGAAAUGGCCGCAGGCAUGAGCUGGUCAUAUCCUGGGAGCCCGUCUCUGAAGAAUUCCAAAAUGGAGAAGGUUUUGGCUACAUCGUGGCGUUCCGAGCCAACGGCACACGUGGGUGGAAAGAGAAGAUGGUGACCUCGGCGGACUCCACCACCUAUAAAUACAGAGACGAGACCUUCCCACCUCUCACCCCGUUUGAGGUACGGGUGGGGGUGUAUAACAACAAAGGAGACGGGCCCUUCAGCGAGGUGGUUACCGUGUUCUCUGCGGAGGGAGAGCCCAGGGAGCCUCCUUCAGAAGUGCAGGCGUUUGCCAUCUCCUCCUCCGAAAUUAAAGUGAUGUGGAAGCCGCCCAAUCCUGGCCCCGGAAGACCCCAGGGAUACGAGGUGAGCUCCUGGAAGGACAUGGAGCAGGAGGAGAUGGGGAAGAAGAAGAGGACGGCGGGGAAUGAGACCGUCAUGUUGCUCACGGGGCUUGAUGGAAACACACAGUAUCUGAUCUCUGUGAAGGGAUUCAACAGCGUCGGUCAAGGUCCAGCCAGCUCACCCAUCAAGAUUAGCACUAAGAAAAACGCCCCAAGUCUACCCCCAGGCAACCUGAUGUGGAUUCAGGAGGGGAACAAUGUUUCUUUAUCCUGGGAUCCCGUGAAAGCAAGGGACAAUGAGUCAGAAGUCAUUGGCUACAAGGUACUAUUGCGUCAAGAGGGACGGGGCCACAGCCAAGUCAUGAGGACUCCAAACUCAGCCGUGGUCCUGACGCUUCCUGAGGGGGGAACAUACAUCAUCGAGGUGCGCGCGGUCAGUGAAGGAGGUGAAGGAGCCGCCAGCGCUCAGGUCAGAGUGCUCACCUCCUCAGGAGUGCGUGCAAAGAGUGGACAGCUCUCCGUCUGGAAUCUGCCUCCAGGAUUGGCGUGGACUGCUCUUUUCCUGUCAUUAAUGGUGCCUUCUUUUCCCUUGUGAGGCUACUGGGUCAUGUACUGUUCCUUUAAACCUUCCCUCCGCCUUCCUCCUAAAGACCACUCCCACUCACCCCUGUACGAAGGGGAUGGGCUCUCCCUCCUCCACACAGACUGCCUGCUUUGGCCUGUACCAUCAGCAGGACCCAAGGGGCCAGCCAAAGGGAAACGCUUCUUUUCCAAGCAUUAAGAAAUGCCUCCAAAUCCAGACAAAUUUCUUUUCUGGCCAUAUUUGUUUCCAGAUUUCUGUUCGGGAUAUCAUUGUAGUAUCGUGCUGUACAAAGUGUGGAGACAGUUGUUUAAAAUCUCCACAAAGCUCUAAAAGACCUUUUUUUAGGGACUGCCUUCCGAAACAGGUCUCCAAAACCGCCGAGGCCGCCCACUGCUCUGUGCCGCUGUGGCUUACCUUGUAACAUUUCUGCAUCCAUCUGACCCUUUGGCUGCCCGACAAGCAAACGCAGAGUAAGCUCAGUAGAAAUAAGUGCAUUGUUUUCUUAUUCACAAGUGGAGUGUGGAGACAACAAAGAAAAAAAACAUUUUUAUAGUACCGAGAAUCUUACUAUUUCCAGACUUGCUUUUUGUACAUUGUGUUACCUUUAGAGAAACAAAAAAAUGUGGAACAGUGGUGUGUUUCGGUCGGCUGCGUCUUGAGUUUUUGAACUUCGGUUUUUAAUUUUUGUUAUGUUCGGUGGGUAUCGAGAACUAGCAAGGUUGCUGGGCAACAGGGGGACUGAUGGACGAACCAGAGAUAAAGGGUUUGGACUCCACUUGUCGUGCCCAAACAUUUCUGUAGACAAAGACCAAGGCUGAUCUGUAACAGUUGAAAUAAAUGUGAUGUAUAUUUUUAAAA